GUUUCCAUUGUAUAUUGACAAACUGAAAGCCAUGGAAGUGGAAAUCAUCUCAGAAGAGUUGAUCAAGCCAUCACUUCCAACCCCACCUCACCUCACAACAUUCAAACUAUGUCUAUUAGAUCAGCUCAUCCCCGCCCCUUACGCCCCCAUUGUUCUUUACUACCCCAAUCUCGACCCUUCUUACACCGACCACCAAAUCCUCCAAAGACUACUGCUCUUGAAGCGCUCCCUGGCCGAAACUCUGACGCGUUUCUAUCCCCUCGCCGGAGUUAUCAAAGACGGCGACGAUCUCUCCAUCGACUGCAACGACCGCGGCGCUUUCUGUGUCACCGCGAAGGUCAACCGUGAUCUCUGUGAGUUCCUUGGCCGGCCUGAUCUUGAGUUCAUAUCUGAGUUUCUGCCUUGCAGGCCGAGUUUUAGUGGUUCUUUGGCGGGGACUGGGGUGACUAGUGUUCAAAUUAAUGUGUUUCUUUGCGGUGGGGUUGCGAUUGGGUUGUGUGUCUCGCAUAGGAUUGUGGAUGGGUCUGGGUUGAGCAGUUUUCUGAGAAGCUGGGCGGGGACGGCCUGUGCGGCCAAGGAAAUUGUGUUGCCGAGCUUCGUCGGGAGUUCGCUUUUCCCCGCCGAGGAUCUGUGGCUUAGAGAUGCGUCCAUGGCCAUGUGGGGCUCCCUGUUCAAGACCGGAAAGUGCAUCACCAAGAGGUUUCUCUUCGAUUCCUCAGCAAUCGCACGCCUCAAAACCAUGGUGGCAGCCAACGUGAGGCGCCCGACGCAGGUCGAGGUUGUCUCCGCAUGUAUCUGGAAAUCCGCAAUGCAAGCCGCUUCCGAUCAAGAUUCCGGCAAGCGUUCUUUACUGACGCACUUAGUAAACCUACGAAAAAGGGCGGCGCCGCCGUUCUCAGAACACGCGAUGGGAAAUCUAAUCUGGGUCGCAUCUGCCCAGACCGCAACAACAAGAAGCGGAGGAGGAGAUUUACCCGGCCUAGUCAACCAAAUCCGAAACUCCAUAUCCAAAAUCAACGACGAUUACGUGAAGAGGCUGAGGGGCGAGCAAGGGCGGAACCUAAUGCGCAAGACCAUGAAAGACAUCGAAGAUUUCGGGUCGUCCAAUAAUGGAGCGGCGGGGUAUCUGGGUUUCACGAGCUGGUGCAAGAUUGGGUUCUACGAUGUUGAUUUCGGGUUCGGGAAGCCUGUGUGGGUUUCUCCCACUUCCUCAACUGGGAGUGGGGUGUUCAUGAACCUCGUGGUGUUGAUGGAAACCAAAAAUGGGGAUGGAAUCGAAGCGUGGAUAACGUUGGACGAGGAAGAAAUGCGAAGGUUUGAGGAGAGCCAAGAGCUCCUGGGCUUUGCUGUCCCAAACUCUAGUCCUCUUCAACACUUUUUGGUUUAAUAAUUGUUAAUUAUGUGGAGACUUGAAGAGUAAGUCCAGUAUUUUACCUUUCGAAAUAUAAUAGUAUAAGAAAAUAAAAUUAUCCGUUUGCUAUUAGUUAUAAUUUUGACAUAGUGAUAGCACUUAGUAGCAAGGGUUUGGAGUAAAAAUAAUGUAUAUUGAAUGUGCAUUAUUUAAUAGUAUGAUCCACACAGCUGUGUGAGCCAUGGUCCAUACAAUAAUGAUUGAAUGGAGUUCCUUAGCUCCAAAAAGCGGGCUUUCCUUCUUGGGUGUCAAAUGCUUAACUGUCGUUCUACUGUAAUAUAAUUAAUAUUUACAACAAAAAUUUCACCACAUUCUA